CUGUGAGAGAGAGAAAGACAGCGAGCCCGAGAAGGAGAGUGAGAGAAAGAGAGGAGGGGAGGGGGGGUGCCGCUGGAUGGAAGGAGCUGCAUGGGGCCGUGAUAUCCUCUCCUCCUGGAUGCUGCCUUCCCCCUUUCAUGGCUUUGUCCCUCUUUUGUGCGGCCGCCCCGCGUCCCCGGGAGCGGGCACCGGUACACGGACCAGCACUCCGCCGCGGAGCCGGAGAUGAAUCAGCUCCAACAAAGAGCCUUUGAGAUGGCAGUGUGCGCUUCUGCCUGGAGGGAGGAACGCAUCAGGCUUUCCCAGGCAAGCAGCAGCCUGCAGUGUGCUCUUGCUUGAGAGCCAGCCCUCCUCCUCCUCGUCGUUGUGUGUACGAGGGAGAGAGGGAGAGCGUUUAUGUCCCCGCGUGAGUGUAAGUGUGCGUGGAUGUGAGCGAGCGGCGUAUAAUAGUGUACGCGAGUGUGUAUGUGACACACUCUCGCUUCCAAUCCUUCCUGGAGGAGAGAGGCUCUCCUCUUCACUGGACAGCAAGGGACAUUUUGAAGCAGACAGACUGUUCCACUUCUGGACCUGAGGAUGUUUCGCAAGAAGAAAAAGAAGAGGCCUGAGAUAUCAGCGCCCAAGAACUUUGAGCACCGCGUCCACACCUCGUUCGACAGCAAGCGCGGCUGCUUCGUGGGCCUGCCGACCCAAUGGCAAAGCCUGAUCGAGAACCUGCGAAGGCCCAAACCCAUGGUGGACCCUUCCAGGAUCACAGAGGUGGAGUUGAGGCCAAAGAAGACCAUUGUGCGUGGGAGCAUGAUUGGUCACGGAGACUACAUCGCAGCCAUGAUCAAUGACAUGAGCCGUCUGUCUGUGACCAGCUCCAACUCUUUGCGGAAGAGCAGCCCCUCAGCCAGGAAGAGGGCUCAGUCUCUGGGGAGGCUGGGGGAGGUGAACGAGGGAGACGCUUACCAGUACGAGGGCCUGACCCAGGAUGACAAUGAUGAUGAGGACGCAGGUCACGAGCAGUGGAGGGACAAAGCCCGGAACAUCCACAGUGAGACCAACACUCCUUAUCUGGGCAUGAAGAAGAGCAUCACUCUGCAGCCCAACGGGAUCUUACCAAAGGCCAAAUCCACUUAUGAAGUUGGCGUCAGCUCCCUGGAGGGACCCUCACAGCCUGCUCCGCCCCAUAAUAUCCAAGUGCCAAGUCACGGGGCUUAUAUGAGUGGUGAGAUGGGCAGUCCUCAGGAGAGAGUGAUAUGGAAGAGGGAUUUUCAGCUGCCCAGGGGAGUGCCACCAAACCAGAGACCCGUAGCUUGUUUCUACAGCCCAGCAAUGACUAUACAGCAGCCCCACGGAGACCAAGGCACAGUUACCGCGGAGCUCCGACCCGGCCUACCAAUGUACAUGCACCCACAGAACAGCCCAGGGAGGCCAUACUCCUCCUAUGACCUGAAGGCAGAGUCGGCAGUGAGGUACCACUCUGGUUUCUUGCCUACUGGCACCAGCAGUCCUCUUGUGGGAGGCAUCAGACCCCAACGGACUGUGCGCUCCUCAGCCAGCUACACCUUGGGCCUGUCUCCUAACAUGGGACUGAGGCCGAGUGGACCAGAGCCGUUUCUCAGACACUCCGGAUGCCCCAACCCUCCUUACCCCCGUCAGGACAGCCCUUCCCAGCCUCGACCUUCUCCUACUGGCUCUCUAGCCACCAGUCCUCAAGGUACCUGCUCUCCUGCCUUUAGACCCCCGCAGCAUCCGUCACCCAGGCCACCUCCAGACCCACCCAAGGUGACACACGAACAGUUCAAGGCAGCCCUUCAGAUGGUGGUUGACAAGGGCGAUCCGCGGUCUUACCUGGAGAACUUUGUGAAGAUUGGGGAGGGCUCGACGGGCGUGGUGUGCAUCGCUACGGAGAAGCACAGUGGGAGGCAAGUGGCUGUGAAGAUGAUGGACCUGCGGCGGCAGCAGAGGAGAGAGUUGCUCUUUAAUGAGGUGGUGAUCAUGAGAGACUACCAGCACAGGAAUGUGGUGGAGAUGUUUAAGUCAGCCCUGGUGGAGGAGGAGCUCUGGGUAAUCAUGGAGUACUUGCAGGGUGGAGCGCUAACGAACAUUGUGUCUGAAACCAGGCUGAACGAAGAGCAGAUUGCCACAGUGUGUGAAGCUGUUCUGCAAGCCCUGGCCUAUCUCCAUUCACAGGGAGUCAUCCACAGAGACAUCAAGAGUGACUCUAUAUUACUCACAUUAGACGGAAGGGUCAAGCUUUCAGACUUUGGCUUCUGCGCUCAGAUCAGUAAGGACAUCCCUAAGAGGAAGUCCUUAGUGGGGACACCUUAUUGGAUGGCUCCUGAGGUCAUCUCCAAAUCACCAUAUGGCACUGAGGUCGACGUGUGGUCGAUGGGUAUCAUGGUGGUAGAGAUGGUGGACGGAGAGCCCCCGUACUUCAGCGAAACCCCUGUAGCAGCGAUGAAGAGGCUGAGGGAUGAGCCUGCUCCCACUGUACGAAAUGUCAGCCAGAUCUCUCCAGUUCUGAAAGACUUCUUGGACCGCAUGCUGACUCGGGACCCCCUGGAGCGGGCCAGUGCCACUGACUUGCUGGAGCACCCCUUCCUGCUGCAGAGUGGCUCACCUCAGUGCCUGGUCCCACUGGUGGAGCAGUACCGCAAACGCAUGUCCCGCUGCUGACCUCGAGGGGCACCCGUUCCCCGCGCACCCACCUUCGGCCCAAUCCCGUUCAGGCCUCGAAAGAGGACUCGCACCGGGGUCCAACUCCUCCAGCACCUAAGCCAGUGGGCUGUCGGCUCCAGGGAAGCAGACCCAGACGGCAUUUUUGCUGCCAGCGCAGUGGUGGCAAGACGCAGGUUUGGUUGACAGACACAGCAUGGUCACGGGCAUGAGAAAAGCACUUUAGGAGUGAGUUAAAGGCAGCAUGCAGUUCCUCACCUCUCAACUCGGAUCGAUCCGAAUUUUGAUUGGCUUCCUGUAACAUUCAGUGCGAUACAGCGCAGCACAACACGGUGCAUAUCAAACUGAUAGCAUAGAUCAAUAUUGCACACAAGAACCAAACAUGUGAAACUCUAAAAAUCCUUUAUAGUGUUCAUAGUGGGCAUUACUGCUAGCUGUGUAAAACAUAAAAAGCUGGUGUUAGGCCGAGAAAACAGUAGCUUAUUGUGACGUUCAAGGAUAAAGUUACCUCUGCACACUCACACACUGUCGUGGAAAGUGGACAAACCGAUCAAUACACACUCUUUGCAUGGCCAAAUGGAGGCACACCUGGCCUGACGUGAAUGCUUGAAUAUGUACCAAACUGGGAUGUGAAAGACAAUUCUCCUUUAUUAGCAUAAUAAAUGGGUAGAUGAAAGCCCAGCUGCUACUAUUGGGCUAUUGGAAAAUUACCAGUACCGUACUCCUCUUUUCAUAUUUAUUCUUUACUUUCAAAAGGUGUCGUGGGUUGUUUGUAUGAUGUGAAGUUGCAAAUAAGGUUUCAUUAUUAAGUAUGGACUUGAAACAUAAGCAGAUAAAUGAAUAAUGUAAAUAAAAAUGCAGAGUAUUAGGUCCUUACACCUGCAGAUUCACUGCAGUAAGUUAUAUGACAUGAAUUCAAAAUGUUACUUUUCUUUAGUGAUAUGUGAGUGUAGCGUGGGUAUGUGUGCGUGUGCGCGCGCAUGUGUGCGUGUGUGAGGGGACAUCUCAGUUUUUGCUUCUGAUGCGACCCUCUUUGUAUUGUGAUGGACUUUUUAAUAAAUCACAAGACGUGUGCGUUGCUCCCGAGGACGAUGUGUAUGACUGUAUUUGCAUUUGUUUGCCUAGAUAAAGCACACAGGCCUGGCAUGUGAUGCUGCAGGAAUCCAGCCUGCUGAGAAACACUUUGCACACGUAGUCUUUGUAUUCUGACACGCGUACAUGUUGACAUGUUCCAUGUAUUUCUAUUUCUGUGUGGAUCGUUCAUGAAAAAGAGAAUUACACAUUUUAAUUUUGUACAAAUCAAUAAAUGAUGCAUACUGAA